AUGAGUGAACAACCUAAACAAAACUCAAGAAGAAGAUAUUAUAAUAGAAACAGAAACCAGAAAAAAAAACAAGAAGAAACAAAUGAAAAUAAACCAAAUAAACCAACUACCAAAUCAUCAAAACCAUCAAAAUCAAAUAAACCUAAAAUACAACAAUCAACUUCAAUAACAACAUCUAUAAAACAACAAAAAUUACCAUUAGAAGAAUCAAGAUCAAAUGAAAUCAAAAACCUAAUAUAUAAAUUAACUCAAACACAGAAUAUAUCAUUAAUUAAUUCAAAUUCAAAACAAAAAUCAUUUAGAAUUAAUAUUGAAUCAGAUUCAUAUAAAUUUAUAAUACCAUUUGCUAAAAAUCAAUCUGUAUCAUUAAAUUCUAUAAGUGAAGAAUUAAAUUAUAAUAAAUUAGUAUUGAAAAAUUUUAAUAAUAAAACUAAAAAAAAUGAUCAAACUUUAUUAUUUUAUAUAAAUUAUUUGAUUAAUAAUUAUGAAAAUUUGAAGAAAGAAUCAAAUGAUUAUAAAUUUUAUGAGAUUAACAAAUUGAUAUAA